GAGAGAGAGAGAGAGAGAGAGAGAGAGAGAGAGAGAGGGGAACUUUUGCCGGGCACCCUGGUGUGAGGCUUGUGCCUGCGCGCUCGCUGCACACUCGUCAGUUCCACGCGCACGGGCAGGAUGAGCUCUUGCAGCAGCAGGGUUCUGACUCUGCUCUCCACAGUGUUUGGGGCGUGCGGACUGCUGUUGGUGGGGGUUGCCGUGGCGACAGAUUAUUGGCUGCUGAUGGAGGAGGGCAUCGUACUGCAGCAGAACCAAACAAUCGAUGUCAAGAUGGCAUUGCACUCUGGCCUCUGGAGAGUAUGUUUCAUAGCAGGUUCAGAGAAAGGUAGAUGUGUCGCCUCUGAGUAUUUUACGGAACCAGAGAUUGAAAUUACAACAGAAAACACAGCAAAUAUCCUCAAGAUGGUGAGGACAGCUACGCCCUUCCCUAUGGUGUCUCUUCUCUUUGUGUUCAUGGCCUUCAUCAUCAGUAACGUGGGCCACAUCCGUCCACAACACACCAUUCUGGCUUUCAUUUCUGGAAUCUUCUUCAUCCUCUCAGGGCUUAGUCUGGUAGUGGGGUUGGUGUUGUAUAUCUCCAGUAUCAAUGAUGAAGUAAUGAACAGGCCGCGGGAGCCAGAGCAGUUCUUCAGCUACCGAUAUGGCUGGUCCUUCGCGUUUGCUGCCAGCUCCUUCCUACUCAAAGAGGGUGCUGGUGUGAUGUCUGUGUAUCUCUUUAUGAAGCGUUAUGCAGAAGAAGAGAUGUACCGGCCUCAUCCAGCUCUCUAUCGUCCCCGCCUUUCUGAGGUCAGUGACUACAGCGGCCAGUACCUGCACCCAGAGACCUGGCCUCCCCCCCAGCGAGUACGGAGUGCCUCUGAAAUCUCUAGUGACAUUUCCAUCCAGCUCACUCAGAACCCCCAGCCCCCACCAAAGUCCAGUGUCCAGCAGAGCACAUCAUCUCCGAGAAUCCCCACUGCUUCUAGGCCCAACUCUGGAGCUGGUUACCAGCUGUCAUUGCCAGGUUCUCCUGCUUCAUUCCACCACAACCAUCCUCUCCACCCUGGGGCACCUGGAACAGCUGCAGCAUCCCAGAACCUGCCUCUGUCCACGUCACCCGCUGCAGUGCCACCCCCACAUUAUCACACACACAUGCGCAUGAGUGCCUCUCCAUGCUAAAGACAGGGAGAAGAGAAAGUUCAAAGAGAUCAAGUUCUGUUUUUUUAACUGAAGUAAUGCAUAAACAGCAACAAAGAGAGAGUUUGAAGUAAUAGUAUAGUUUUUUAUGCAAAAAGGAAGAAUAAAAAUCAUGUUUGGAACAAGAGGCCUCUCUUUAAGAUUGAAUGUUGUUGUGAAAUUGUAGCAUAUUAAACAGCACAUGUACUGUAUCUAAUGAAAGUUAUUGCACAAUACUAAACACUUUGACAAUCUCGCACACCACAACUGAUGAUUGAUUUCUGCUUACAUGUAGAGCACAAAAGAGAACUGUAACUAUUGCCUUCUAAAUAUAAGAUAUUCUUAAACUUAAGUUAUUAUUUCUAAUCAUGGAAUCUGUGAAUUGUUAGUUUUAGUAUUAAUAUUAUUAUCAAAUGCUAAAGAAGGAAUUACUUAUGGUAUGGACAUGGUAUGGACAAAUAUGAAAUUAUGAGCAUAUUGUUUGCAUUUUGAAUAAGAGAGAUUCAUAAGCCUGAUCAUUUUUUAAAUAGUUUAGAAAUAUUGCG